AUAUAGUAUGUGUUUGUAUUUCUGUAACCAUGUAUGUUUUUGCCUCCCCUAUUAGAGAGACGUUAUGACCUACCAGAGCCUGACAGUUACCGUACUCCGAGCAAUAAACAACUGCUCUCAUGAUUAUUGGUCUGAGUCCGACUGUUAUGUUACUGUAGGUCUCCCCACAGCGUCUGCCAGGACCCUCUGUACUAAAACUGUGCCCAACAGCAAGACCCCAGAGUGGAAUGAGAGUUUCCAAUUCAGGGUCCACAGUCACGUCAAGAAUAUCGUGGAGUUGAAGGUGUACGAUGAGGACAGUUUAAUUGGCAAUGACGAUGACCUGUGCUCCGCCGUAGUGUUUGACAUCAAUAACCUCAGCCCUGGGAAGAAGGAGACCAAGACCUUCAUCUGUGAACCGACCAAAGAUGAAUUGUGGGUUGAGUUUGAGUUGCUGGAGAGUAAAGAGCCUGCUGGCGAGUAUCUCUCUAAUGGUGUACUCGUGGCCUCCCCAUUCUCUACUGUGGAUGUGAAUGUAGAAAAGCUGAUGACCACUGCCAUGGAGCAGAAUGUGGUCCUGAAAAUGAGUGGGGCCUUUCCAGAAGAGCAUAAGAUUCUUGCUCCUCAAAAAACAUCCAACCUGACCAAAACUCUGCGCUACUACAUCAACAGAGACCUGGAGACAGAGCUUUGCGUGAGGGAUAAAUUGGGUGAGGUAGAAGAUCCAAAUGUCACUGGCUUAUCUACUGUUCCACUCCUGCAACUUCCAGCCAGUAAUGAUUUCAAAAUAUCUUUACCUGUGGGAGAGGACAUGGUGGAUCUACAUUUGAGAACAGAGGAUUGGUGGGCUUUGUUUUUUGGACGCUUCAAUUUUUCCCUGACGUUCCGACCUGGGUCGAAGAACGGCAAAGCGGACGCCUUGUCCCGGAUGUUCUCCAAGACGGAUGAGAGUGGGGCCAAGACUGAGACGAUUCUUCCCCAGAACCUUGUCGUGGGAGCCGUUACAUGGAGGAUUGAGGAGGAUGUGAUGGCGGCCCUUCGGACGCAGCCCGGCCCCGGUAACGGUCCACCCGGUCGGUUGUUCGUGCCUGACCCAGACAUUGAAUUUGAGGUGCGUCUUGAUUUUGACAUCCCUCCGGAGGAAAAAUAAUUCCUGAAUAAGAGAAAGGUGCUAGUGGGUCAGGCCUUACAAAAGGAGUUGGGCCUCACCUCUCCCCCUGACCCUAAAAAGUUGCCUGUUGUAGCUGUGGUUGGCUCAGGGGGAGGGACCAGAGCAAUGACCGGCCUGUAUGGCAGUCUGAAGGGGCUGCAGAGACUGGGCCUACUGGACUCUGUGAGCUACAUCACUGGUGUGUCAGGCUCCACAUGGGCCUUAGCCACCCUGUAUCAGGAAGCAGAUUGGUCACAGCGUGAUAUGGAUGAGUCCAUCUCGGCUAUGGAGGAGGAAAUCACCAAGAGUAUCCUCAGUGCCUUCACCACUGAGAAGCUGCUGUACUACAAACACCAGAUGGCAGAGAAAGAGAAGGAGGGACAUAUGGUGUCACUCAUAGACAUGUGGGGUCUGGUCAUUGAGCACUGCCUUUAUGGGAAGAAGAAAACCAGUACCCUGUCUGACCAGCAGAAGGCAGUAUCAGAGGGCAAGAACCCUUUACCCAUCUGUACUGCUGUCAACCUGAAGGACGGAGGGAAAGGCAUCACAACAGAGUUUGAGUGGUGUGAGUUCACACCAUAUGAGGUGGGCUUCCCAAAGUAUGGGGCCUAUGUCCAUGCGGAGGACUUUGGGAGUGAAUUCUACCUUGGUCACCUGGUCAAGAAACAUCCAGAGAUAUGUAUCGCCUCUCUGCUUGGUCUUUGGAGCAGUGUCUUCUCUCUUAACCUGACCCAGCUUUGGGACAUUGCAACUGGAGGUCAGGCAUGCUGGAGCACAUGGCUGGGGGAAGAAAUCAACAAAAUAGAAUGUGACAAUGAACCAACCACCCUGGACACCUACCUCUUCAAGCCUAUCACUAACACUGCCUCAGCGCUGACCAGCUUCUUUACCACCCGGCCAGUCAUCACUCAGAUCUACAACUUCAUGCGUGGGUUCUUCCUGCACCGGAACUACAAUGACAACAGCAACUUUACAUCCUGGAAAGAUAUGCAUCCAGAUGCCUUCCCCAACAGACUGACUCCAGCUGACCCAACACUCUACCUGGCGGACUCUGGGUUCUCCAUCAACACAGGCUGUCCCCCUGUCUUGAGACCAGAGAGGGGUGUUGAUAUCAUCAUGUCCCUCAACUAUUCGUGGUGUGAGGACCAAUUCAAAGUCCUAAAGAGGACUGAGGUUUACUGCAAAGACCACAGCAUCCCCUUCCCCCGCAUUGACUUCAGCAGCCUGGAGGGACAGCCCCUGAAAGAGCUCUACGUCUUUGAGGAUGAGGAAAACCCCAAGGCUCCCAUAGUCCUUCACUUCCCUUUAGUCAACAUCUCAUUCAAAGAGUUCAAGGCCCCUGGUGUGGCACGUAAGAGUGAGGAGGAGAGGAAGGCAGGGGAUGUUGACAUUAGCUCAAUCAGCUCCCCCUACCUCACUAAACAUCUCACCUACACAGCAAAGGACUUCCGAGCACUGACAGACCUUACCUCAUACAACAUCCAGAACAACAAGGAGCAGAUCCUCCAGGCUCUCGGGAAGGUCCUCGAAAGGAAGGUGCCUGUGGAAGAAUAAGACCACCAUGAGCAGCACUCAUAUCAUUGAUAGGGGCCCCUCCAUGGAGGAAGAGAGAGAACAACAUGCAUACAGAGCAGAUUCAGAGGAGCAACUCGAACCACAAUUUCUUGGUGGUGCGUCCUAAGCCGGGUUUCUAAAGGUUUAAAGGGGAGAAUGCAUUUUGUUGUAACUUUGAGUUCUUGUUUCCGAGCUCGUGGGUUGUUUUUCUAGACUGUCUUUUUUUACAUUCUGCCUUUAUGAACCUUACUGUAUGUUUCAUAUUAUGAAUUGUAUCUUGUUGAGUUCAUUUUAGCACAGAACUCCUGUGUGUUUAUACACACAUAGUAUUUUCUAUCUUGGAGGUUAUUCUGGAGACACAUGUAACCACGUUAAAUCGUAUUUCUUGAUAGUAAUUUACUCUGCUUUAUUAUGUACCAUGUCUUCAAUGUAUACUGUUGUUGUUUGAAAGUUAAUUAAUGCAUGACUAAUAAAUCUAUUAGUUGAUUUGA